AUGGAUCAAGAUCUGGCCCCCAAAUUAGAUAACAGUAUUCAUCAUGUUAAUAUAGCUGAUGGCGAUACCAGAUGCUCAAAAGGACUACACCUGGGCAAUGGAUGUAAUGACGCAAGUGAUAAAAUGGACAAAACAUCUUAUCGACGUCUUAAUAAAGUUUCCACGAACUGCAAUUCAUCAACAAAAAUAAUGCCCUUAAAAGCAAAUCAGGAAGAAUGUUUAAAUUUGGUCGUCGAUGAUGAAUUCGAUUGCCAGUUGUUGGAUACUAUCCAAUCGAUGAAAUACGCAGAUGAUAAGAUUAAUACUCUUACCGAUCGAUUUCGUCAUGCUAUUCUUGAGCGCGACGAUUUAAGAGUAGAGUUACAACAAGUCCGUGAAAGCUAUCAAUUUGCUAUUGCUGACUACGAAAAAAGAUUAAAGAAUUUAACGACUGAAUCGCAACAUAGCGUUACAGAAUUACAAGGUACUAUUGCCGAGUUAUCUAGGAAGUUAACCAGGCAGAAUGAAGUAUUGAAAACGACCGAUAGAAAUUAUUCUGACGUUGAUGACGUUGAUACGAACGAUCUUAACGGCAUUAAUAGCGAAUUUUACGACGAUGAAUCAAGUAUAAUAAAUAGUUUUAGCAGAGAGAAUGGAACAUACUUAUCUAAUCUGAGCCGAGUUACCAAUACAGGUACCAAUGCAUCUAGUGGCAACAAAUUUAAGAAGGCUGAUAGUAUGAAAUCAAAAGAGGGAUACAGCCACGGUAAGGCACAUCAAGAUUCAAGUUACUACUACGGACAACACAUUCGAAAUAAUAUAGAAUCACCAAAUUUAAAUUAUGAAAUUAUGGAAAGAACAGAACUUAUAGAUGCAAUGAAGAAUCUCCGUCAAUCCUAUACGGACUUAGCAAAAGAAAAAGAAGACCUCGAGAGGAAAAUACAUUAUUCUAAGAUGAUUGCGUCAGAUCUAAGCCAAAAUGACAUGUCGAUAACCACUGGUGAAAAUUCAAUGAUGAGAACAGCUACUAGCCCUGAUUGGGGUAACGUAACUCAAGAUUCUAGUAGUGUUAUAGCUGCAAGCAGAAAAAAAGAAAUCAAUACUUUCACCACUCAAGAAAAUGCUUGCAAAGAUAAUGGUAGAAAUAUCUUCCAGAGAGUGGAUUCUUUAAAUAAUUCUGGCCACGUAUCCAAUGAAAUGCUAAGAAAUAGCCUUGAAAGUCCAUCAUUUCAAUUGAACGAAAUUCAUUCUAAUGAUGCAAAUUAUUGCGCUGCGAGCAAUAUAAACAAGCGAUUAUCAGCUGGAUUUAGCGAUUAUUUACAGUUUACAGGUGGAGAUAACCACGUUAACGUAGAGAAUGCAACGUCUAAGCAAAAUGACCGACAAGAAAGGAAAAUGUUACAGGAUAGCCCAAUGCAUGGUUUUAUAAACGAAAUGGUUCUCAAAAGAUUUCAGCCUUCUGAACUGGAUUCCAGUUAUUUAAGUGCAUCAAGCAACACUAAAUCGAAUAAUUUGGAUAAUGACAAUGAAAGUAUCGAGGAAUAUUUUUCGCAAUUGCAUUAUAAAGAAUUACUAUUAAUAAUUCACCGUUGCACUAACUACGAGGAAUUAUUUCAUGGCCUAAUGGAUUACGUCGAUAACGUUGUUAAAGCCAAGAUGCAGCAAGCAGUAUCUGAUCAUACGUCCUUAACUACAAAAAUCGAUGAAUUAACGGCUGAUAACAACGCUUUACUCUUGGCCAUUGAAGAGUGUAAAGAAAUUGCAAGUGCUUUGACCGUACUUAAUGGAAAAUACGAAUCAAACUGUGCAAUUCUGAGAUCGGCGUUAGAGUACACAGACAGAUCUUUAGAAAUCUACGAACUUCUAGCCUCAUUAUUUGAAUGUGAUCUGCGCAUCAUGUUAUCCCAAUGUAGAUCGUUAGGCAUCAAAUCUAGCAUGUUAACUUCAUCAGAUAGAAUAAGAUCUUACUAUAAUUUAGAUAAAAGCAGUGAUUACUUGCAGCACUGGGUGGACAGAAGACGAAACAUCGAAGACGCAGCUAUAGUUCUACUGAAAGAUUUCAACGCUGUUAGUGAUAGUAAGACUACAUCGGUUAGUCAAUUGUCGAAUGAAAAUUCAGCGGUAUUCAAUAAUACGUUGAGUAUGGAUGAUCAGAAGAGGUUGAAAUCAUAUGCUAGAAAAUUAAUCGAUAAAAGGACAACGCUUAGAGUAGUACCGCCUAAUGUAGAGCAAAUAUCUAUGGAGGGUAUCUUAAGCACUCUAUCAAAUAAGCUAAAGCAACAUGAUCUCUUAGAUAUUGAUACUGCUGUACAUUUGCUGGAUCACGUAACAAGAAAAGAAGACAUAAUUAAUUUAAAAUACAAAACUAAUAUAUUAGAGAAAGAAAAGAAAAUUUUACAACUGACUUUGGAGAUCUAUCGUGAAAAAGACUACGUCCAUAAUCUGAAGUUGGAACAACUUCUCACAUCCAGUUCCGAUACUUCGUAUAGAAGUAAUGAUCGAAGCUUGGAUAGUGGAGUCAUCGUAAUCGAUGAAAGCAAUAAUUCUUUUCAAAUUGCAAACCCAACAACGAGAGAAAAACAACACAGAAGGCGAACAACACGCUCACCAGAAGACGAACUUAGACAAGCAAAUGUAAUUACUUUAAAUGAAUUCAAAAAAUCUUUAAAGCAAAUUAAAUUAUUAACUGAAACGAAAUAUCAGUAUAAUGACGAAUUGAUAGAAGAUUUAAAAAGAUCUAAUCACGAACUUAUCAACGCCUAUGAUCGUGCAAAGCAAAGAUUAAAACUAAAAAUUAAACUAUUGGAAGACCAGCUGGCAUUAAUCUAUAACAAAAGUCCAAGUCAGGUGGAUAUCUCGAAAACGAAGACAAACACUUUAGAGAAAUUAUUCAGCAUUACAAAAUAA